AUUUUAUACUGUUAUUAUAAUGUUAUGUUGCUUUUAUUAUGAAACAAGUUAUCAAUUACUAUACAAAUAAAAUGAAUUUGUAAAAUGUGUUUUGGUUUUAUUAUAUUAUAUUACCUACUUUUUUCAUUAAGGGAUCAUUAAAGUCUUGCCAAAAAGUUUGUGAGACACACCCGUGGGUCACACCAAAAAAAUGGUUAAAUUCUAUAUUAGAAGACCAUUAACUAUAUAAUACCAAUUUUGCAAAAAAUUAUCAAAAGAUCAUUUGAUAAGUUAUGACAAAAACAGAAUUAACAAAAUCAUUAAUUAUCUCAAAAACAUUUUGACAAACAUCAUGUGACCCACAUAAGGGUCUCAUGGCAGUCAACCUGUUUAUAACGAAGAAGCAAGAGAACAAAAUCAAAAACAUCAGUUUGUCCAUUCUAACUUAUUAUAUGUCACUAUUGUGUUAGCAACAAUAUCCAUAAUUUUAAUAGUAGCUAUAUAUGUAGUAAUAAAAUGUCAAUACGUAAGUAAUCGUCAAGUUGUAGAUAUACCUAGGAGGCUAGUAAAAUACAGAACCGCUGAUUACGUGAGAGCAUUUGAGGACACACCAUUAACACCGCCACCAUCACCAAGAUAAAAAAAAAAAAUAAAAUAAUAUUAAAUGAAAUAAAUAAAAUAAAUAAAUAAAAAUAAAUAAUAAAAAAAAAAAAAGAAAAUGUGUAUUAAUCAGAAUAAUAAGUAUAAAAUCUAGUCAAAUAAGUAAUGAGUAAUUAUGUUGCAGAAAAUAAGAAGAAAUCAGUAUAAAUAAAUAAAAAAAAAAAAACAAAACAAAUAUAUCUAAAAUGGAUAACACGCCGAGGGACUACUUAUACGUCCUGACGCUACAAGCUAUUGAUUUUUUCCGAGAAUUAAAAAACGAACUACUGACUGGCACACACCUACAAACAGUAGAGGGUGAUACUAUAAUACUGGGUUGUUUUGGGCAACACGUAUUGAACGCAAAUAACCAAAUGACAGCACCACUGACGGAUAGAGUACUAAAUUUGAUUAUGACACCAGUGACAGCAUUCAUACACACAAUUGUGGAUGAUGCGGAUCCAGACCAAUCUGUAUGCCUGACAGUAGGCACGAUCAUAGACCAAUUAAUUCAGUCACGAUUAUUGGCACUAAACAAUGACUAAACAUAAACAUAGUAGUAUAAAAGCUAGCUACUAUAUUUCUUUUUCACAUUUUAACAUAUUGAAUUUAAUAUAAAUAAUUUGUUUUAGUUCCCAGGUUCGUUUCUUCAUAGUGGAUUUUGAAUUCACUAUGGUUAAUAAAAAUGACAUACUAUUAGUGUCCGGCGCCAUAUCAAACAGCUUAGACAAAUAUAAGCCUGUAAAGCUUGAGGGAAUACCUAUCGUACUUACUAAGGAUGAUAAGUUGAGAAGGUUCUGGCGCUGUGACCUAAACACCGUUGUGCAAAACAUUAAGAGGAUAUUUCGGCAUAAGACAGAAUUGAUGACACCAUUGUUGGAACAGUUAUACCUAAGUGUUAACAUGCAGGGGGCCUCAACUUUGUCUACGACUUAUCUUCAAAAAUAUUUA